GGUACCCUCCAGCCUAGAAAAAAAAAAAAAAAAAAAGUCGCUGCUCCUCCUGUUUGAUGCGCACAUGUACAGCUUGCGUUGCGGUUAGGAGGAGCGUAUCGCCCAGGCCUGGAUUGGCAGCUUCUCCGUCGGACUGUUUGCUGGAAGCUCAAGAGCUAGCUAAGUUGAUGGUGAUGAUGAUGAUGCAUCGGAGGAUUUAUCCCGGCGUUUCUCUCUGAGAUGGAACCAGCGACGAUGAACUGGAGCCGCUAACGGUGAAGACCUGGAUGGCUAAAUGGGGGGAGAAGUAGCUCAGCUGCACGGGGAUUCCUUUUACAUUUUUUACCAUUUUAAACCCGAUCAGAUUUAACAGACGUAACAUGCCGAAAGGCAGAGAGAGCCAUUUUUUAGCUUAGCAUAACAGUUGAUCUCGCUUCGGUCGGACCUUUGGCCGUCCUUGGAUGCUUCAGUGACAUUAAUUGGACGGUGCGUUUCAGGAUGGCACAGCUGUUGGACGGUGCCGGCAAACUGAGCUGGGUUCUCCUCAAGUCCGUGAUCCGUUUCGUCUUUAUGUUCUUCAAUAACUGUGUGGCCAUCCCGUCCUACUGCUUGUACCUGCUGCUCCUCCAGCCGCUGAGAAUAUGGGACAGCUCGGCUUUCUGGCACAUCGAAGGGGUCAUGUUCAAAUGGCUGCUGGCCAUGGUGUCUUCGUGGGGCUGGAUCGCAUCUUAUACAGUCACAGAAUGGGGUGAUGACGUGCGGGACAUUUCUGAAGAAGAAGCCAUGGUCAUUGUCAAUCAUCAGUCCACUGGGGACGUUUGCACUCUCAUGAUGUGCCUCCAAGACAAGGGCACGGUGGUGCGAAAAAUGAUGUGGUUAAUGGACCAUGUGUUUAAAUACACCAAUUUUGGUCUAGUGUCCCUGAUUCAUGGGGACUUCUUCAUCAGACAGGGUAAAGCUCACAGAGACAAGCAGCUCGUCUACUUGAGGGAGCAUUUAGAAAAAUACUACCACAGCCGCGACAGGAAGUGGAUAGUGCUCUUCCCCGAGGGAGGCUUCCUCAGGAAGAGGCGAGAAACCAGCCAGGUGUUUGCAAAGAAAAACUCUCUCCCUCACCUGACCCAUGUGACAUUGCCUCGCCUUGGGGCAACUCAUGUCAUUCUGAAAACUCUGACCGCUCAGCAAGAGAACGGCAGCGUGGGCAGCGACACCUCGACCCGGAACCAAACAGUUAAUAAAAGUAAAGGCCUGCAGUGGGUUAUAGACGUGACCAUAGCGUACCCCAAAGCAAAGCCAAUGGACAUCCAGACGUGGAUCUUUGGUUAUAGGCCUCCUACAGUCACACAUGUACAUUACAGGAUGUAUCCAAUCAAAGAGGUUCCUGUGGAGGCCGAGGCCCUGACUAAUUGGCUGUAUCAGCGGUUUGUGGAGAAAGAAGAGUUGUUGGCCCACUUCUACGACACAGGAUCGUUCCCUCCUCCAGAAGGCCAGAAGGUGGCAGCCUCCCGGCAGAUGACCCUUGACCCUGUGUGGCUGUGCAUGGUCCAGUCGUUUGCUUUUGCUUCUGGCUACAUGUGGUACAAUGUCUUUCAGUACCUCUACUGUUGUUUAUUUUGAGUGCGCGGACGAGCUGGGCGUCUUUAUUGGACCGCUGGAAAAGCCUCAGGAUCAGUCGCCGUUUGUGUGUGUGACCAAGUGUCACACUCAACCCUGCACCCCCACCCCCCUUACGAUGGAUGAAUGUACAUCUGCAGGAUAGGAGAGACCGCUUUGGAAGCAAGGAAAAAACUAAUCAUAAACACAGAUUUCAGUCCAUAAAAUACAAAAAAAAGAGGAAAAACAGUCACACACAUAGGUGUCGCACACAGACCCUACGCCACACACUCGCUGCAGCGAGAAUAAUCUCCCCCCAUCCCCUCACUAUUCACAUUUUAAUGUUUACACGUCCUCAUACAUGUAGACACUUACAUGACUUUUAUUGGAAGGUGAUGAAACGAGGCUCAGGACUCCUCCAGAAGAUGCUCUGGACCGGACUCUCUCCCCGUCUCCGAGGCUUCAGCCGUAGUAGUUUUACAGAGUAUGCAGUACAUCUGGACAUGUUUGUGAACAGAAAUACGUUCGACUAGAAGCUAACCCCACCCCCUUCCUCGAUUUCCUUCCCUGUGAGAGUCGCCGAAGCCUCCCCGGACCUCUCCGUAAGCCCGCCGAUGAUUCAGCUGGCUACACGUUGCAGGGCGAGUGGCUGCUUAGAUGUUGAGGCGACGCAGCCGGCCGCUCCUCUGGCCUUCAUUGCACUAAGGAUCCAUACUGCCCUAACUGCUCCCCACCCCUGGAAAGACUUCAAAAUGGUAGCUGUCAAUCUUUAAGUUUAUUUUACGUUCUUCCUUUAACCCGCAUAUCUUCACAACAUCCGCCAUUGUAUAUGUUUUGUUUUUAAUCAUCAGGACCUUCUGUCGAUGUGUCUGUUGUGGCAGAGCUUGCUGAAAAAGUGGGAUUUAUGUUUUUUUUUUUUUUAUUUGGUAUACCGCAACAAAAACCUAAAGGGAUUAUUGCUACGAUGCAUUGUUGGAGGGAAAAAAAGACGGGACUUUCCUUAACAUUUAUUUAAAUAAAUAGGUUUUAUUUAAAUUAAUGAGAAAUUGUUUUUAAAAAUUUAAUGCAGCAGGAAAAGACGAGCAGACUGCUUGUGUAAAACUAACAAUGCUGUGUGGAAUAUUUUACCCCUUUUUGACUUUUUUUUUCUCCGAUAUUUACACUUAAACGCUUCAGAACAUAAAUGCAACUUUAUUAUUUGGCAAAGACUAAUAAUAAUAGUAAAAGCUAUUUUAAAUUUAAAUACUGGCAAAUAAAGCUGCCACCACCAACCUGCCCUAUGUAGAAAAAAAAACAAAGAUGAUAAAAAUUAUCCUCUGCAUUUUAUACCCAUAACUGGGUAUCAAAGGCACUCUAGCAUUAGCCCUAACAAUCAUGGAGUAAUUUUCAUUCGCAGAACUGUUUUAUUUUAGCCUAAUUUCUACUUAUUUAAAGUCAUAUCACUCCAUCAGAUUUAGGCCAGACUUUUACAAAGCUACUUUGAUCCUUGUUUUAUUUUUUACCUCAUUAAAUUAGUUUUCUGAGGAACUUUGGAUUACUUCUCUCCUUUAAUUAAUUGGGUUCGAGUUAAAGGGGGUGAAUUGGACCUUCUGCUUCACGAUCUGCUGCUAGAGAGCAGAAUUGUUGGUUCUGUGAGUUGCACCAAGUCAUAAUCGUAAGCUUAUCGGCUAUUUCCAUUAGCGAGGUGCGACAGUCCGUACUGUUCUCGUUGGUCCGCUGUCGCUCACUCGCUUAUUGUGGAAUAGCAGAGAAGAGCUGCGCUCUGGAAGUUAUUUGUUUCUUCGUGAUCUCCUGAAGGAGACGCUCAGCUGUGGCGUAAUUCUGAUUGACCGGCUUCUUAUGAAAAAGGAUUCGGCAGCAUUUGUUGUUUUUAUUCGUCUACUUUGUUUUAUUUCGGCUUUCAUUUAGGUGAUUCUCGAUUCAAAUGUUCUAAGUGACUUUGAACAACUUAAAUGUGGUCAAACCCAAUGAAUUUACUCACAAAAGGGUUUUUCACACAGGGCCUGGUUUUAUUUGGAGAACUUGUUUUCUCAUCAUUAUGAACGAGGUAGUUAUUUGAAAACUACUCAGGUUAUCGGCCUAUUAACAGUUUGAUGAUCUGAAUCCUUUAAUUGUGAUUUUUUUUUUUUUUGAUUAAAUGAUGGAUAAUUGUGAAAAGGGUGGAAAAUCUUCGACAGCGCCGUCCCUCGUGGGUUCCUCCUGUUAUCCCUCCACCUCAUCUCCCAAACUGAAUUACACUCAUGUGUUGAUGCAGGAGAUUAAACUUUGGUCCUGAUAGUAAUUUCAGCAAGGCUGAGUGGAGAAAUCAGAUGUUUAAGCCAUAAACUACUUAUCGUUCCUUGAUUUUUUAUUUUUAUUUUAUUAUUUUUUUAAUAGAAAGCUACCCUAAUGUUUAGCAUUCUACAUUAGAGAUUUUGGCCUACAGAGUUCUAGGUGUCAUAACUGUAAAUUUACAGCAUAACUUGCCUAAAUGAGUGUGUGUGGUCGUCUUUACCCCCAUUUUUAUAAAUAAGAGUCAUGUCGUGUUGCUCUGUGACGUCACAGUUUUCAAACCAUUUCACCUGCAGUGGUCAUUAUUGUUCAUUUCAUUUUCUUUUCUUUUUUUUUUUAAUUAGAUCAUUAGGUUAUUUCUUCAUGUCAUGGUAUGUUUCAAUCUUGUACAUAACAAAGUUGAGAAAAUGUUAGAAAUGACUGCAGUGUCUCUCAUUGGUGGUUUAUUACAAGUAAAAAAAAAAAUCUUAUUUUGAAAUAUGAAUGUUUAAGUAUAAAAGAAGGAUUUUACCUUAACUUUACAGUAUUACCCUGUAUUUUAUUGUUUGUUUUUAUUUUUGGAAAAUGUGUAUAGCUGCUGAAUCUCUGUGUGCUGUGACACAUGGGGCCCCAGUUGCAAACUGUUAAAAUACUAAUAAUUAUUUAGAAGAAGAGAUCUCAAGCCUUACCGGACGUGCCGGUUGAAUACAAUCUUAAAAUGCUGUUUUCCUCCCGUUUCCUCUUAAUACCGAUGGGGUUUAUGUUUUUUUUAUUUUAUUUCUGAAAAUGGUUCUGAGGUGUUGAAAGGAAGUCGGUGAAUAGGAAAGGAGCGGCUCGUCAUGCAGACGAGGGAAGCUCUCUCGAAUGUACACGUGUCGUGGUUUUUAAGGUUGGUAUUAGUGACUUUCUUUGAGGAGCAGUAGUUCUUGUCAAACUAAUGCAAAAAAAAAAAAAAAA